UUUCCUAGCUUAGUCCUUGGAAACCAGCUGAAUUGAACGACCCCGGGAAAAUUGUGUAACUCAGUUUUGUUGUUAUUGUUUGGUAAACUGGUUUUGUAAUUUGUAGGGGAAAUUUGCCGUUGCAGUUUUUGGUGGCAAGUUGAUCUUUGUUUAAACUUUCCAGAUUCAAAUUCCUUUUGAGAAAUUGUCCGCAAUGAAGGCUGUGGUUGUCUUAGUUUGUCUGGUCUGUGCAGCGUCAGCUCACAUCUGUCUGCUGAACCCUCAUCAGCGUGGCUCAAUGAGAGGCAUCAACACCAAAGAGGCUGAUGACUGCGGACUGCUGCAUAAACCUUGCGGAGGCCGACCCCAAGAAAAACCUGCCAUCCAAAUCAAGGGAGGAUCUUCUUACUCUGUUGUCUUCCAGAAGAACUUGAACCACUUUGCUUCCUAUCCAAAUGGAACAGCCACAAAUGGGUAUUUUGAAAUCUCGUUCUGGACCACCACACAGUGCCAUGUUCUGGAUAAGAUCAAUGAUUCAGCCACACCUUCGCUGACGCUGUACACCCAAACUGUUACAAUGCCUGACGGACCUCUCGGAGUCUCUGCCAUACUGCAGCUGACCUAUGUGACCAACAGCCAUGAUGUUCCAAUGGGAGGAAUCUUCUACCAGUGUACUGACAUUGAGUUGUUCUGAGCAGGGAAUUACUAAUAAAAAGCUCUACAGAGUGAGUCAAAAAAUGAAA